AGAUAGAAAGAGAAAGGAGAGUGUUUGUGGAAGAGAAAAACAUCAUCUUCAUUCACGGCUUCCUUUUCCUUUAUAUAUAUAUAUAUAUAUACACACAUUAUAUGAGGUGAUUUUUGAUUAGUUUUGUAUUUGCCACUGUACAUGCAUGCUAUAGCUGCAAUUGGACCGCUGCUACAGGGGUUUAGUCGACUGUUGUGCCAAGGUUUCCGAUAACUAGUCGCCGCCAUCACUUAUUCUUCGACCUCCUUCGAUUAGAACCUGGAAAUGGAUAGAACCGCUGGCCAAGGAAGUAACAGUGUGGACACAUUUUUGCGGAACUAUAAGCUGGGUAAAACCCUUGGCAUUGGUUCUUUUGGCAAGGUCAAAAUUGCAGAACAUGUUUUAACUGGGCAUAAGGUUGCUAUAAAGAUCCUUAACCGUAGAAAGAUAAAGAACAUGGAAAUGGAGGAAAAAGUUAGACGAGAAAUCAAAAUAUUGAGAUUAUUUAUGCAUCCGCACAUUAUAAGACUCUAUGAAGUUAUAGAGACACCAACAGAUAUUUAUGUUGUUAUGGAGUAUGUGAAGUCUGGCGAGCUGUUUGAUUACAUUGUGGAGAAGGGGCGGCUUCAGGAAGGUGAAGCACAAAAAUUCUUCCAGCAGAUAAUUUCUGGUGUUGAGUACUGCCACCGAAACAUGGUGGUGCACAGGGACCUGAAGCCCGAGAACCUACUUUUGGAUUCCAAACAGAAUGUGAAAUUAGCAGAUUUUGGUUUGAGCAAUGUCAUGCGAGAUGGACAUUUUCUGAAGACAAGUUGUGGAAGUCCAAACUAUGCUGCACCAGAGGUUAUUUCUGGUAAACUCUAUGCUGGGUCUGAGGUAGACGUCUGGAGUUGUGGAGUCAUAUUGUAUGCCCUUUUAUGUGGCACCCUUCCUUUUGAUGAUGAAAACAUUCCCAACCUUUUUAAGAAAAUAAAGGGUGGAAUAUAUACACUACCCAGUCAUUUAUCUCCUGGGGCCAGAGACUUGAUUCCAAGAAUGCUUGUAGUGAAUCCUAUGAAGCGUAUUACUAUCCCUGAAAUUCGUCAACACUCAUGGUUCCAAGCUCACCUACCUCGAUAUUUAGCAGUACCCCAGCCUGACACAACUCAACAAGCAAAGAAAAUUGAUGAGGACAUUCUUCAAGAAGUUGUUAAGAUGGGUUUUGACAGGACAACCCUAUUUGAUUCUCUUCGCAGUAGAGUACAAAAUGAGGGCACUGUCGCAUAUUACCUGCUGCUAGACAACCGUUUUCGUGUUUCUGGUAGUUACCUUGGAGCUGAGUUCCAAGAAUCUAUGGAGUAUGGAUUCAACCCUAAUGAAGCAACAGCUUCAGCAAUCUCACAACAUACUCAAGCCUUCACAGAUUAUCAUGCAAUGUCUCCUAAGGCUCAAUUCCCCGUUGAACAUAAAUGGGCUCUUGGCCUACAGUCCCGAGCCCAUCCUCGUGAAAUAAUGACGGAGGUUCUGAAAGCUAUGCAAGAACUGAAUGUUUGCUGGAAGAAGAUUGGGCCAUAUAACAUGAAAUGCAAGUGGGUACCUCCUCCUGUGCAUCAUGGAGGACAAAUGAUCAGCAGACCUAUGCAAAGUAAUAAUUAUUUUGGGGACGACUCCAUCAUUGUGGAGAAUGAUGUAGAGCCUAAGUCACUCAAUAUCCUCAAGUUUGAAGUUCAGCUUUACAAAACUCCGGAAGAGAAAUAUCUGCUGGAUUUACAAAGAGUCCAAGGGUCACAGUUUGUAUUUCUGGAUCUUUGUGCAGCGUUCCUUGGCCAGCUCCGGAUCCUGUAGUAAAGUGGAAAGCAAGCAGACAGCCUUGUUGGUUGUUAGGGUUUAGGGUUAGGAAGAAGAGAGUUGCUUGUUGACAGAGUUGGGAAGAAGAAUGACGAUGUCUUUACAUCAUCUAUGUAAAUAACUCAUCAGUAGCUGCGUUUGAAUCUCCCAACCGCACCACCACCCCCUCUUUUUUAUUAUCGCUCUUAAUUUGAUGAUAACAAUAACAUUUUCUUUCUUCCUCCCUUUUUAUAAACUUCUUUUGGGGUGACCAUAUAUGUUGUAACUUGACAUAGUAGGCUUAUAUGAGAACCCAAAGAGAAUGUUAUUAUUAUUAUUAUUAUUAUAUCUCAAACUUGACUUUGGAAGUUGGAAUUUCA